AUGGUUGAAAAGCUGUCAGCACUGUAUGGAGAAGACUGGGAAAAAAACUCUUGUGAAGACCUCAUGGAUGGCAAAUAUUUCAAAGAGAUCCCAGAAUUUCGACUUCACAAGAAAAAGAUUUUGACAUGCGAAACAGCUGAAGAGCUAUCUGCGAAAUUAGUCAAAUACACAACAAGCGGCCAAAAAGAUGGAGAAGGUCAAGAAGUGAAGAGGUGGUAUUGGCCACUAGUGAAGUGUGUCACUAUCAGGGUGCCAAAUAAUGAUCUUCUUAAGCAUGUCACAAUUGUUGAUCUUCCUGGAAAUGGGGACCGUAACAAGAGCAGAGACAAGAUGUGGCAACAGGUCGUUGGAAGUUGUUCCACUGUGUGGAUCGUGACUGACAUAAAUCGAGCUGCGUCAGAGCCAGAAGCCUGGGAGAUCCUGGAAAGUGCCAGUAGCUUCAUGGGAAAUGCUGGCGAGUGUCGGCAUAUUCACUUUAUCUGCACCAAGUCUGAUCAUAUUGAAGAUUCAGAAGAUCGUUCAGCAGAUGAUGUUCGUGCUGUCAUAUUGAAAACAAACGAUCAAGCAAAGAAAGAAGUGAGAAAAGAAUUCAGCAAACUACACACAGUUAAGAAACAUUUCAGUGAUGAAAGUUUCAAAGUGUUCACAGUGAGCUCCAAAGUUUCUAAAAAUGGACUUCUAGAUCAAGAUGACACUGAAAUACCCAAACUUCAGGAAUUUCUGCAGAAUCUCAAUGACAGUCACUCAGAGACGUUAAACUAUGUGUCUGGAGCUCUUGGGAUUCUCUCUCUGAUUCAAGGGGCCAGCCGUAGAGAAGGGGCUGACAUAAAGGCAGCUGUUUGCACAGACCUUAAACAAAAGAUGAGGCAUGAACUUGAUAAAAUCAGGAAACCCAUGGAAGAGACUUAUCAGGCUUUCGAAAAAUGCCUCAGUGAGGUUGAAAAAUCAAAAAGUUCAUGUGAAAAAGUCUUGAAGUCGGUCAUACAUCCUAGAAAGUCAGGCAGUGGUUUCCACAGUACCCUGAAGUGUAUAGUACAGCACGAUGGCAUCUUCAAAGACACAAACCUCAAUAUGAAGUUAUCUGCAUGCCUGACUGAGAGCAUUGAUGAGAAAUUCAAGAAGACCUUCCCAAAUGAAGGAAAACCAUUCAAUGGCGUCCUGAAUUCGUUUUCACAGAGGAGAGAGAAGACAGUGAACAAAGAUGUCGAGCUGCAACUGAUAUUUCUCCAUACAGAGGAAGAAAAGAUGAAGACGAAACUCAACAAAAUCAUCCGCGAUCGUAAGAAAACGAUUUACAGCAGUCUGACGGAAACGAUUCAGACAGCCAUGCAGAAAUGCUACAAUGAUGCAAAACAAAUUAGUGGAACAGGGAUGCUGAAAAAGAUGAGGGACACUAUUAUGAAGCACGUAGAUGAGUCAAAGGACGUCAUGUUUCAGGAAGCUAAAGAUGUUAUGUUAAACCAGCUGACUCACUUGAUGGAUGACAUCCUGAAGGACCUGGAAAAAACAAUGCUGGAAUCAAUCGAGCUGUCACUCAAGACUGAUGGUGUCUCAAUCCCAGACGUUACAGUGGAGCUUGAGAUGGUGAGGAACCACCAUAAAGAACUGAUGGGAAGCCCAGAUGAAGAAAACCACUAAUCUGGUAAAAACUGUUGUUAAAAUAUCUACAUAAUUCCUCAGGAUGGAGCUGUUCUGAAUAAUGCUAACAAUGUUUUUAAUUACACUAGUGCUGCACAGCUGAUUACCAACUGAAGAGUCCCGAGGGCUCGCUGAUUAGAGCCGGGAGGCCUCUGGAUUGAUCUCAACCAUUUUUGUCAGGCCAUUUAAUCCAUGUUCUUU